AUGAAGGUCGCCCUCUUCGCCAUCGUCCUCCUCGCCGCGGUUCUCGCCCUGGCCCACGCCGCCUUCAUCCCCAAGGACAUCGACGUCGCGUCGCUCGACCCCCACCACGCCAAGGUCCUCCUCGCCCUCGCCCAGCACAAGUGCGCCAACGCCAGCGAGGCCGAGUGCCGUGCCUUCUUCGAGCCCGCCCCCUUCGAUCAUUGCUGCAAGGUCUGGGACAACGUCAAGUGCGGUGAGAAGAUCUACAAGUGCGUGAAGGACUGCCAGCAUGGUCUUCAGGACUGCAUCACCUGCCUCGGCCCGAUGUGGGACAAGUGCUGCUGCUGCCUCGACAACGCCGGCAUCCACGGCCUUCCGUGCCCUUCGUGCUGUGCCUAA